UGAACAUUCAACCUCCGAUGGAUCACUUCGUUCACACUGGAACGCUGGGCUAGGACAGCGGAAAUCAUGGCAACAAGUGCGCAUUGUUCUGGUCAUGACCAUUUAAGAACGUUGUUUUUAGGAAAACUCUUGAAAACAACCGCCUCAAUCGUGCAUCGAAAACGAAAGUAACUUGUUUUCAUCACAUUUAUUCUAAUAUCGCACCUAGGGUUCACCACAUUGUGCACUCGAGUACGAAUCCAGAUCGCAUCCAAUCCAACAUGGAGGUCAAAAGUUGCAUUUUCAGAAUUUGGUUGAAGAUAAUGAGUCUGCAUCUUCGAACCUGCUUGGUUAUUUCGGGAGAAAUAUCCGGUGCUCGCUUUCUGAAACUUCAUCUCACAUCCCUAAACUUAUCACAACCCUGGUCUUGGUUUUAAACUUCGCUCCCGGCGCCGACGAUCCGUGCCGGCCGUCUAUCAACACGCCGGUCAUCUCAGCAUAUCUGAACCAAUCUGAACAGACUCCUGAACCAACUGAACCACGAUAUCUGGAAGUGUUUUUUUCAUUACCACAGAUGCGACCGUUCUGGCUUUGAAAGCGCUUCGUUCGGAAUCGUACUAGUGCUCUCACGUCUCACGUCCGCGACCUGUUCUCGACUCUCUAGCGUCUGUUUGGUUCUUUUCAGAACGACAGGAGAUGCCGCUGUCGCGAGCUCGCCGCCUCCUGUGGUGCUUCAGUGCUGCGAGGUUGUUGUUCUCUGCGGGCGAUCCGUUUCCUCAGACUGCAGUUAGGACAGACAAGAGACCAAUGUGCAGCAAUUCACAUUGGGAUUGUGUACUUCAGGCACUCCGCACCCAAACCGACCAUGAGGGAACUGUUUUUUCUGAAUUGGGGCAUGUUCUAGUGACUGAUCUGGACGUCUCUCAGGCAGCAUGUGGGACCUUCCGGUGCGUGGAAUGCGGCAGCCUCUUCUCCUCCCAGGAUUUCCUGAGCAGACACCAGAAAAAAAUGCACAAGUGGAGGGAGGGCAGGCACAGGUGCCGCUACUGCUCGUACUCGAGCAACAAGACGACGAGCGUGACGAACCACGAGCGCACGCACACGGGGGAGAAGCCGUUCCCGUGCGAGGUAUGCGGCAAGGCGUUUGCGCUCAAGAUGAACCUGACCACCCACCAGCGCAUCCACAUGGGCGAGAAACCCUUCGAGUGCGACACGUGCGGCCGCCGCUUUGGCUACUCCUCCCACCUGACGCGCCACAAGCGCACCCACACGGGGGACUGCCCCUACGUCUGCCAGGACUGCGGCCGGGCCUUCAUCCAGAAGGGGAACCUGGACACCCACAGCCUUGUGCACGCCCGCCCUUUCUCCUAGUCAUCGUGUUCCGAUUGGCCGCCCGACUGCCAAAGGCUGGCCUAGCCACUUCGCCCCGAGUCGAGAUGCUGUUGACGCUACGAGUUGAUGAGACCAAUCGGACGGCGUCGAAAGCCCACCGUCAUGCUGUCUUUUUGUAUGUGUCUUAUCCUGGCCGAACCAGCCGUAAGCAAAAAAAGAAGGCGUAGCGACUUGUGCUUUCGACGCCGCUCAAUAGGUCCCAUUAACCUCGUAGCAUUGGCUGUGUCUGCACUAAAAGCCCGGCCCACAAAACGUUUUCCUGGAAGGUAGGAAAUCCUCUUUGCCACCCUUUCCGUUUCCCCCUCUCCCACUACUAUCUUGACCGUGGGAAAAUCCUUUUGUUGCUGCAUCUUGGCGCUGUAUAAGCUCGGAUAAGAUCCCGGCUUAUCCAGCCCCAACAAAACGAGUUCCCCUGCGUCAAGAUAGCAUUGUUAAAGGGGAAAAUGGGAAGGAGGCCAGAAGGAUUUUCCUAGCUCGCGGAAAACCUUUUUGUACGUUGUGCUUUAAGCUGAAACGAAGUAUAAAAGACAAGGCCUGCACGGUGCAUCGCCAUUAGUACAACCUCAAUCCGAGUGGCAAACCUGCCAGGCCUCGACGGGAGUGCGUGGCAAAGCGGCAGGUGCGCACGUCUCGACAUUGCCACCUCCUAUACACCUUUUUCGCAAGGGCGCAGCCAUCUUGGAUGUCAUCACUUCUGGUAUGCAGUAAAACAUUGUUUUGAUCUCUCUGCACCGCUGGAAGGUGUUCACGAAAAAUGUGUGAUUGUCGCGCAUUCUUGUUUUGCCUCACCUAUAUUUCCUCGCAUAUUCCAGGUUGAAAUGCUUUAUUAUUUAUUUUUUACCACAUACCAGAUACGGAACCUACGCGACUGAGAAUGACAGGGAAGAGAAAACGUCUAUAGUCGCCGGCAGGAUGAGAACAUCAGGGUGUCUCAUCACGGUGUCUCUCACUGCCUUUUGCCUUGCUUUGGCUCACACUCGAGGUGCGCAAAACGCAGAAGCGUCAUCGAAGUUAAAAAGCUCAUGUUGGAGGUGGGCCAACGGAAGAACCUUCCUGUCGUCGACUGCAGAGAUGACGUGGCGAAAGGCGCGGACCUUAUCUUCCAGGUGGUAUUGGCCUAGCCCGUUCGGCAGUGUACCUUGUUGGCUGUUGGUCGGACGCUCCAGAGCGUGUUCAUAGAACCCCUUUUUUGGCUGCGGCUAUUUUCCCUGGAAUUCUAGGUUUUGCUGAGACUAGUG